CUGAAAGUAGAAGUAGGAAGAACAAACUCUUUGUGCAAAAAUAAUAUGAUAUCAUAGCAGCUAUUAGUUUUGAAUAUCACAGAAUAACUUGUUUUUCAGUAUAAUUGUUAUCGAUUUUGAUAUGUAUUUAAUUGGCCAAUAUUAACCAGUUUCCUACAAUGAACAAAAGAAAAGAAGGUGAACUGGACCUCAAAAUUGUUUUGCUUGGAAAAGCUUAUGCAGGAAAAACUUGUCUUGUACAAAGAUAUGUCAACCAAAUGUUUACUGAUACACCUUAUCAGAAUACUAUUGGAGCAGCAUAUGCUUCUGCCAGGGUUAAAGUUCAUGGGAAGACUGUAAUACUGAAUAUUUGGGAUACUGCUGGUUCUGAGAGGUACCAGUCCAUGAGCAGGAUAUAUUAUCGAGGUGCUAAGGCUGCCAUAUUGUGUUUUGAUUUAACUGAUGCUGAAAGUUUUGAUAAAGCCAGAUACUGGUCUGGUGAACUGGAACGUAAUGAACCUAACUGUUUAAUAUAUUUAUGUGGUACAAAGAAGGAUAUGGUAGACAUAGAACCAGGUUCCAGGGCUACACCAGUUAGUCAAGUACAAUCAUUAGCACGAGAUUUACGUUCUGAAUUAUAUGAAACUUCCAGUACAACUGGAGAAAAAGUCAAUGAAGUGUUUAUGAAGAUUGCUUCAGAUUUUGUAGAUAAUAUAAAGAACAUGCCAUUAGAAAAACCAAGUACAGAUUCUUUCAGAGUAUCCCAACCAUCAGAUGGCCAGAGAAGAGGUUGGUGUAGUUCCUGUUGACACCAGUCCAUAUUGUGUUGCAGUGACUGCCAUGAUUUUGGUUGUGCUGUUUCAAUUCCAAAAUCUAUUUUUGUUUUGUUUUAAAUGAAUAGAUACCUUUUGGUAAUGUUGUUCUGUUUGGUUGCUGUCUUAUCUCUGUUUUAUUCAUUUUGUUUCCAUUUACUAAAAGCCUUAUAGAAGACUUAUUGUAUAUUUUUCUGAAUCAAAUUGAUAUUUUGAAGAAAAACAAAUUAAUGUUUCUGUAAUGCAACACUUUCUCAAUUGGUCCAUAUUUAUAUGCUUUCUUAGACAGGAAGCAUUAGAGUAUACAGUAGUCUGUCCAUCCGUCUGUUUGUCAACACCUUGUACCAUAACUCAAAUUUGCUUUUAACAAUUGUCCUGAAAUUUUAACACAGCAUAAGAAUUGACAGAAGAAAGCUCCCUGUUCGAUUUAAGGCAAUUUUUCACAUAUCAUCAUGCACUUAAAAGAGUAUGCUAAGAUUGAUUUACUCAAAACUUUACUUUGUUAUUGAGAAUGUUAAAGUAAACUUACUUUAGAUUUAGAAAUUUUUUGGUUCGACGUUCUAGAGUUACAGGACUUUAACUGUCAGAUUUAAGUUAAUUUUUUAUAUGUUUUACACUAAAAUUAUGUAUGCUUGGUUAGAUUUACUUGAAACUUUACAAAAUUGUUGGAAUUGGUGAAAGUAAAUUACCAUUUGAUUUUUAAAAUUUCUAAUUUUUAAUCCAGAUUUAUGGUGAUUAUUCCCAUUUAUUACAUUGGUUGCAAUGAAUUACAUUGAUUUCCCAGUGAAAUAGGCAUUGUCAAGACAUCAAUAACGUCGGAUCAAAACAAAUUGUGAAUGCGUAGAAAAAGAUAUAGUUCCUUACAUUUUCUACUUUAAUUUCAUUAAAAAGCCCUUUGCCAAUGUAAUAAAAAGAAUAACUAAUCGAAGAAUUCAAAUAGAGAAAAAUAUUCAACUCGUGACCGAACAACACUGAUAAUUAACUCAUGGGCUACGCGCAUUCGUGAAUUAAUGUGUUGUUUGGUCACUCGUUUUCUAUAUUGUUUAUAGUUAUUCUAUAAUUCUCACACUAGCUCUAGUAUGCUUGGAUCAAAUUACUACAAACAUAAGACUGUUGUUGUGAUCGGUGAUUGUAGGCUCACUUUCAAUUUUGAAAAUGUUUUGGUCUAUGUUCCAGAGUUGUUGGACUUACCAGAAAUAUUUUCACUAUCUGUGAGUGGCCUCUAAAGUUUGUUAAGUGUUUGUUGUGGUACAUACUCUUGCAUUUUGAAACAUUCAGGAUCCUUUUGUAUUUUUCUGUCAACAAACCAUAUUUACCAUUUCAGUGUCUUUGAAGGACCUUUUCAGUUUUGACUGAUCUACUUGUUCUUGUGAAUUUCAUACCUUUCUUUACUGAAAGUCUAAUACAAUAUUAUCCAUUAUAACUUGAUGUCUGAAGCUAAAAUGGACAAAUUCUUAACCCACUGACUGAAAUUGAAGUUGUUGGAUUAUUCUUUUUUGUAGUUUAAAUAUAAGAUUUAUAUUUUGUUUCAUACAUUUAUAUUUUUAUAAAGAUUGAUGCCAGACUUUUCAGUUUAAUUUUGUUAAGUUUUUUAUGUCUGCCAACAUCAAUGCAUAAUUUGUUUAUUCAGAUGUAAUGGUAAAACAUAGAUAAAUGUUUAAUAUAUGUAUUAAUAAAUGUGCAUAAAUUAUGUUGUUUAUUUGUAAUGCAAAAUAUAUGUAUCAGGUUUUAAGAACUAUGACUAUGAUAAUGACUGCCAAAUUUCAGCCUCUUCUGAAAUUUUCUUUUAUGGACCCAAUUGCAGAAAACAUAUGUAUACAGUAUUAAGAAGACAGUUAUCCUGACUGAAAUCUAUGCAGUAAGGUCUUAUAAGUUACUUUACUACUUUAGCAGGCUAUGGUCUUCUGGAAUAAAGAAACUAUGUCAUAAGCAGAAAAAUUAUAUAAGAAUAAUUGUCUUCAAAUUAAGUAAAAUACUAUCUAGUCAUUCUGUAUGUUAAAACCUCUAAAUGACUUUUUGGAUAUGUGUGUCCUUGGGUUGCUACUCAAACCCCACAUUCCUAUAUAUUCAAUCAACUUUUUUUUGUUUAUCUUAGGAGUUUAUAUAAUAUUGAUUAUAGGCUAAUUUUAUCAAAGGGAUGUUGUAUAAAUAAAAAUAAAUGCUAUUGAUAUGGGACAACAUUAAGGGGAGUCAAAACAGUUUCAGGGCUCAUUUUCCUAGUACCAAUCUAGAUUAAAAAAGUAAAAUAACAAAAAUACCGAACUCCAUGGAAAAUUUUAAACGGAAGGCCCAUAAGCAAAUGGCAAAAUCAAAAGCUCAAACACAUCAAACGAAUGGAUAACAACUGUCAUAUUCCUGACUUUUAGUCACCAGUCAAUUUAAAACCUUCAAGAACACACUUUUUCCCAAUUUAAACUAUGAAGCAAUGAUAUUUCCUGUUUAACCUCAUAUCCACAACUUUCAAGGGAGAUAAUAAAUAGCUUUUAAUUGUUUGGCUGUAUCAUCCCAAAGAAUGACAUUGAAAAUUAGUUGAAUGAAAACCCAAUAGUAAAAGUAAACAUAACAUAUUUAAAUGUGCUUUGAUAACUAAGCUCCGUUUGCAGUACAUUGCCAUGUUUUCAUGAAGAACCUUAUUUCAGUAUAUCAUCCUUUUAUUCAUGAAAGUUAAUUUGUAAACACAUACUCUCUAAAUAUUAGGGUAUUGUUUCAAAAUUUUGUUGUACCAUAUGUCAUAUAAAAUGCUGUUUUUACUUGUUAAGGUGGCUGGGGGGUCUUAAUUAAAAUCCAUAGAAUUUUUUAAUAAUUUGUCAAAAUGAAGUUUUUAUCAUGCUUUUUUCAAAAAUACGAUAAAAAGUAUGGGUCACCGGACUUUUUUUCACGCUACAGGUUGUGCAAAAUUGUCAGAUUUUGUAUAGAUUAUGCAUGGAAAAUCCAAUUUUGUGUGAUAAAAAGAAAACUGCUCCAUAGAAUUUUAAGAUAAAAUGUGGGAAGGUAGCUCUUAUAACAUGCUUUAAGAUAAGAAAAAGAAAAAAUGGGGUCACCGGACUUGUUUUCUUGCUACAUAUUAAAAUAGGUAAACUCACAACACUUUCUAUUAUAAAAUUACUUUAUCUGAGUUAUCUCCCCUACUAUCUGAGUUAUCUCCCCUUAUUUGGCAAAGUUGAAAAAAAAAUUAAUCAAACAAAAAUAUUGUGUUUUUUAGAAAAUACAGACAUAAAUAUGAUGAAACACAUACUUUUCUAUAUUAACAUUAAAAGUCUUACACAUAAAUUACAUACUUAUCUCAAAAUUUGCACCUUUCAUUAAAGAUCUAGACCAAUUGUUAUCUGCAACUGCAAAAUCCAAGAUGGAGGAAGACACCCGAGCCACCUUAAAUCUUAAUAUAAAACAUCUCGGUCCAUUUGUGGUGUUUAACUUCCUUAACAGCAACUAAGUCGGGCGGUAUAAAACCUUUAUAAGAGUCUUUAUAAUGGUAACAAUAAAUAACUUCAUAUUUUCUAAAAACUAGCAAUAUUUUCCUGAGUGCAGUGUGAUAAAAUCUAGAGUUAAUGUGUAAUAUUUCUAGCUCAAACAUUUAACAAAUCAUUUAAAUGCCGUACCUUGAGAAAACAUCAAAAAAAUUGUUUUAGUUAUUAUCUCCCUUGAUGUUUAAUUGUUCAAAACUAGUACUCAUGGAAGGGACUUAAUACAAAGACUAUUAUUAAUGUACAUCUUUAUUAAUAUAUAUACAAAUAGUCAAUACAAAAAAUGUUUGUAAAUGCAAAAAUAUAAAAAGUACGUAAGUUACAGCUUACAAUAUUGUAUAAACUUCCAAAAAGUGUAAAAUAGCUAGUAAAUCUUGUGUUCUUAUGUUUUACAUGUAAAGUUCUUAUUCUAAAAUUGUUACCCAACAUAAAGAUGACAAAUUUAAUUGAUUUUCAUAGAAAUCCUUUUUAGAAUGUUAUAAAGUCAUUUUAAAUUUAUGUUCUGUUUCUCUGUUGUUUUUUUCUCUUUUCAUUUUCAUUUUUUAUAGUUUUAUUUGAAAAAGGUGAAUAAUUGGAUUUAUUGUAUACUUUUAUACUCUGUAGUUAGACAAGUAAAUUUUAUAUGCAAUACAAUCAGUGGCAAUCAAUCUGUAUUAGCCAUCUGUGAUGAUAUCAAUAUCAGUCACUGUUGCACAGGUUUUAUCAAACCCUAACAAAAAAACUCAUCUGUUUUAAAGGUAUACAAUACAGUUUUGAUCCUAGUGACUUUUUGAAGAGAAAUUUGCAUACAAGCUAUUUUUACCUACUUCAUGUCACGCUUCUCUUAGCUAGAAAUAGGGUUGAAAUUUUUGACAUUUAUUAUCCCUUUUUUGGGCAUUUUUAUCCUUUGAACAGACAUACCUUACUUUUUGUUUCAAAAGAUAAACAAAAGGGGAUAUUUGUAAAAACAUUUGGAAUAUAAGCAUGCUCCAAAUCUGUGUAACAAUUUCUUCAUUUUUAUUAAAUUUACAUGAUUUUAGGAAAAACAGCAUUUUUUGCUGUAUAUUUAUCCAAUUAAAAAAAAUCAACGGUGAUUUGUUCAUAAAGUAUGGUACAAAUAAUCUUGCUACAUAAAAAAGCCUAAUGUCAUUUUAAAAAGAGGGGUCCAUGUACUCAUUUUCUAGCUAAUGAAUAAAAUCAGUCAAAAAUACUUCUUUUUUCAAUAUGUCAUUUUAUGUUAGCGAAGUCAUUAACUGUAACUGUAUUGUAUGCCCUUAAGUAUAAACUAAAGUGUAUAUGAUAUGGCUUUCACAAUAUCUCACACCGUAUUAACCUUCAACCAAUAUAGUCCCUCCAGCAGAGCUCUCACAAUUAUAUUGGUGUCUUGGGAUGAUAUAGGUGUGAGAUAGAAAAAGCCAUAUACUAUUCUAUAUUCUUUUCUUUUUUUUUAAGUUUGUUAUCACCAGGCCAACAGAUGAGAUAAAUAUCAGCUUAUCAAAUUUUUGUUUACAUUACACAACUCUAUAAAGUUAGACAAGACAUAGAAAUGUCCUGGUCUUAAGAAUUGUGACAAAUUAGAUUUAGUGUGGUGAAAAAUUCAAAAUCUUCACUUUAUUUUAUAAUUUUUAUUUUCUUCCAAAUUAAUUCAAUUUUAAUCUAAAUAAAAUUGAUAAAAAUUUUGAAUAAAAUUGUUUCAUCUAAAUUAGAAAAAUUCAAAAAAGGAUUUCUAACAGACUCCCCACUACAUUAAGAUAGAUAGAAGGCAUUGUUUAUUCAGGUACAGCUUUAAUAAAUGAUAUGCAUUAGCCAUGUUUUUGUUUUAAAGCCAUACAUUCAUUCAUAUUUUAAGAGAUUGUUUUAAAUGAAAAUUAAAGAUAAAACUGAACGAUGAUGAAACUUUUUAGUGAGUUUGUAAGGCACCAGAGAAACAGAACAUUCAUAUCAAAGGUCUUAUUUACAUUUACUUUUUUCUACAACUACUGUAACACCGUGUUUUAGUAGUCUCAGUCUUUUUUCAUAUUUUUAUAUUCUAAUUUCUUGUUAUGUUAUGUUUUUGUUAUGUUUGUAGAAACUUAUUUAAUCUUUACAUUGUUAUAAAUAAAAUUGUCAGUUUUAAUCACAGUGAUUAAAACCUAUCCUCAAUUUAUACAUGUAGUUUGUUAAUUUCCUUCUGAUUAAUUGCAGUCAUUUACUGUGUCUUGUUUCAAAAUAAAAUCUAUUUAUCUUC